UUCAUGGAAAAACAACUGGAGGCUUUCAGGGGUUAAACUAUUAAAUGAAACGAAAGCGUUGCCAAAGUAGCUGCAGGAGAAGAAGUGACGCUCACAGCAGUUCAGGAUGCACUCAUCGGAUUCUACAAGAUUGAUGCCGCAGGGAGCUUCAUGGAACGAGGUUGUGCCAAGUGAUCCUGUGCCAGCGGCCCCUGUGAAUGUGUCGGUGACCCAGCUGAGGGCGCACUCAGCCAUGGUGACCUGGAACGUCCCUCAGGGAGACACUGUCAUUGGAUACGCCAUCUCCCAGCAGAGGCAGGACGGCCUGAUGCAGCGCUCCAUCCGAGAGGUGAACACGUCGAGCCGCUGGUGUGUGUUGUGGGACCUGGACGAGGACACACACUACAGCGUCCAGGUGCAGUCCGUCGGGCCGCACGCUGACAGCCAACCCAGCCGCGCCGUCCACUUCAGGACUCUGGAGAGAACUGACCAUUAUCCAGUCGGAGUCCUGGACCAGCAUGAACCGGCGAUGGAAGGUCUGGGAAUGACUCCUCAACUUCAGACAGGAGAGCUGCUCAUCAUCACCACGGUGCUGCUGCUGUGGGCAGCCGUCAUCGCCCUGUUCUGCCGACAGUAUGACAUCAUCAAAGACAACGACACCAGCAGCAGCAAGGAGAAAGCCAAGCGGCCGCUGGUCCGCGCCACCACCACCUACUACAACGCCUCGGCCGGCAGCUCGCCCGUCUACCACAACGGAGACGUACGCAGCAGCAGGCUGCACAGAGCCUCCUCCUCCAUCAGCAUCAUCAGAGUCUGAGUGCGGCUGCUGCUGCAGGAAGCUCGGUGGGAUUAUCCGGAGAGACGGAGAAUUCCUGGACCUUCAGGACGAGAAAGAGUGAUUCAACGUCUAACACGAGAAGUGAGAAGCAGCUCGUGCAAAUCGAAUUCAGAUCAAGAGGAUGAGUCGCACUGUGGAGGACGUGGGUGACUGCUGCCCUCUGGUGGCGGAAGAAGGCGGCAUCAUGGGAACAGCCGGAGUUUGGCUUCACCAGUGGAAUACGUUCAGCUGAUUCUCUGUUGUAUAAAAAGACUGAACAUUUGCCAGCAUGUCGGCCACGUCGUGAUCCCCCCCCCGAGUUACCAUCCAGACCCUGUGUGUGUGUGGGACGAUUAUUACUCUGUGGUUUAUAUUUAUUUUCUAAUUCAUACUCAGUAGUUAGUACUAACAUCACAACCACUGUAUUAUAUGUAAGUAGAAUCUGUACAUACAAGUAGUUUCAUAGUGAUUUCAACAAACAGUUGAAUGUAUAUGUUGGAGGUCACAGGCAGGACUGUCAGAGCAGUUGAACACUUGAAUGUUUUAUUUUUGAACGAACUAAAAAACCUUGUUACGUCAAGUGCAGCUUUAAUUAGUGUUAUAAUGUAAUUAUAGCCAAUUAUUAUUAGUUAUUCAUUGAAUGUAAUUACUCUAGAAAUUGACCAGAGUUGAUCUAAUCGUGCAAUAAACUCCACACCAGAGGAAUUCGUGGAGUCUAAUUUAAAAUCAAGUGAUUUGUUAAUAAUUACAAUGGUGGAUGUGAUAGUAUUGAACGGAAAUAGGGUAUUUUAUGACACUUACAUGUAGAUAUUACAAAAACUACAUUUAUUUAUUUGGAAAAACCUGCAAAAUAAAAGGUUUUUGCAGCUUUUUGAAGGAGGACGACGACCUGUAGUUUUGUUUUUUACACUCAGGGUCAUUUCUGUCUUUUGUUUGUGGAACCGUUUCAGUCAAAUCACUUUUCAUUGUGUAUCUUUAUUUCUUUAUCUGUGUAUCGUCCUGUUUCAAUAAACACGACAGACAGUUAUGGUGGUAUUACAGUAACACACGUGUGUAUAUACAGACUGAGCUGGAACCCGCACACACUCUAUACAUAACACUCAUAACACUGUAGUAAUUGAUUAGGAAUAGUGACUCACAUGUUAUAAAUACCUCCAUCUGUGUCAGUGUUGAAAGUCUCGUGUCUACACGAUGUGUUAUUCAACUGUAACUCAAUGUGUUUCUUGUUUUUCGACAUGUGGUGUGUGACAGUGCGUGUUGUGGACAGCAGAUGGCGCCAGAUCUCUGAGACACGAUGGACAGAAGACAGAUGUGUGUGCAUAUGCAACGAAAGCAGAUUUCUGUUCUGAAUAUUUACUCUUUGGGAGGAUGUACUGCAUUUCUCUGGCUUACUACUUCAAACUCACUGCUCUUACUUUAUUAAGUUAGUUACAUGUGAACUCAUAGUUUAACUCCGGAGGCAAAUAUCGUACGUUUUACGUGAAUGAAACGUUUAUUCUGUGAAUGUUAAUCACCAGGUUUAUUGGUUCAGUUUGAGAACCAGGUUUCGUCUGCAGACGGAGGUGGUCGCCAUCAAAACAGGUGAGCGACACCGCAUCACUGUAUAUUUUCAUCUCAUGACUAUAUUUCUGGUUGAUUUGAAUAAAGUGUCAGCGUCCCCCCCCCCCCCAGGGUGUCCUGGGUCAAAGGUCGUGGUGACAUCAAGUAGGUUUGUUGGGGUGACACUGAAGGACAGAGGGUGAGCACCGGGUCAGCAGGUGGAUGGAGUGAUGCUGAAGGAAUCUCACAUGAAAUGUGUUUAAAUGACCUGUGCAAAAAAAACCAUCCACCUCGUGUACUGCCGUGGAAAUGUAACAUUAAAGAUUAAAAAGUG